UCCUUGAAAGCGAUCCUGCCGCACCUGUGGCUGCUAGCCUGUAAUCUCAAGUCAGCUUCGGUAAAACGACACGUCAAAUUAUAAAUCCUAAAAUGUUGUAUCAUUGGUAUAAAUCAGCCUGUAACACUGGUUACUGAGGGAUCGGGGAGUAUUAGGCUUCGCUGAAAUGCCCCGGUUCUGUCCCGGGAUGUAGGCGACGCGCACCAGCAGCGCUCCUGCAUGCUGUGUCAUUUCUUGCUGACGUUUUUCAACCCCACCUUUAAAAAAGCGAAAGAAAAGGAGGCUUCGUCACUCAUUUGCACUUGUAGAUACUUUUUUUCCAGCAAGAGAAGGCAGCAGCGUGAACUCGCCGGGAUCAGGGGCAGCCGCGAUGGCCGAAUCCCAGUUACUUUGCAUGGACGAUAAUACCGUGAAUGAAAAAAUAACAGACAACAAGCCGCAGUUUUAUUAUAGCGAGGGCCAGAGGGCGGCCCUGGAGGAGCUCCUGCGGGACGGGGACAGCGCUUUCAAGAACCGGCUCCAGGACGACCGCAUGAAGGACUUUCUGUGCGCCCGAGAGGUCAAGCUGAUCCGGGAAACUUUCCGGGAGUAUGAAGCGGAUCGGAACGAGAAGCGGGAGCGGGCCGGGUCUAAGGCGGAGCGGUCCACCUACUGGCCCGAGCUGUCGGACACUGCGGUGCCGCCCCUGGACAUCGGGUGGUCGGACGGCGCAAAGUAUAAAGGGUUGACCCGGGUCAAUGUCUACACUCAUCCCCCGAAAGAGAGGGAGCCUUUUAUCAAAGAGGUGGUCCGCAAACUGAUCCAGGAGUCCCGUAAGCUGUUGGCAGUGGUCAUGGACCUUCUCACGGACCUGCACAUCCUACAGGACCUGCUGGAUGCGGCAUCCAAGCGCAGGGUGUCUGUUUACAUCGUGCUGGAUGCCAGGGGGGUGCCGCACUUCCUGGAUAUGUGCACCCGGCUGCAGGUCGGCACUGUGCACCUACAGAACCUCCGUGUGCGGACAGUGGAAGGAUUUGGGAUGGCCUUGACCCAGGGGAAGCUCCCCGGCUCUCUGUGCAAUAAGUACAUGCUGGUGGAUGGGGAAAAGGUCAUGUUCGGAUCCUACAGCUUCACCUGGAGCUCGUCGCGGCUGAACAGGACCAUGAUCACGCUGAUGACGGGGCAGGUGGUGGACUUCUAUGACCAGGACUUCCGAGAGCUGUAUGCCGUCUCUGAGGAACUGGACCUCUACCAGGAGUUCCACGUCGCCAAGCCCUCCCUGUCCAUGUCCAACCGCUCCACUCUGAAUCGCAGGCCCCCAUCUGUGAUGUCCACUACCCGCUUCCAGGUGAGCCUCGGGGAUCCCCGGCAGAUCAACCCCCGGGUUCCUGCUCACAAGUACCACAAUCCCAAGUACCUGCUUGCUUUGGGGGGUUCUCUGAACCAGUUGGGGCACAGCAACAACUCUAGUAAAGGAGAGGAGCAGCCUGAAAUCAAAGGCUCCGAGCUGGUCCUUCAGAAGUUCCUACAGUCCAACGAAGAGCCAGAAGAUCUCGCCCCACCCACCGAUGAAACCCCCACCUCUCUGCCAGAACCUAAAACGGCUUCCAUGAAGACUGAGGAGUCGUUUACCAAGAAGCACCGCACCUCCUUAAAGUUCAUCCUCAAAAAAAGAAGCCAAAACACUGUAGCCAACAACGUGAACUCACCCUCGGGGUCCUCCUCAGCCACAGAGGGCGCUGUAACAAUGGAGCCCGAGCAGCACCUGCCGUCCAAGGGAAAAUCCCGGAAACUGAGCCAAAACAGCACAUCUCUGCACACAGUUACCUCUGCCGAAGAUGACGGGUCGAAGGAGCGGAAGCAGUCCUCAAAGAAGCAGUGCGCGGUGUCCUGAUAUGACGGAUAUGUGGGCAAAUACUCGCUGGCAUCUUCUUUGCAGAACCAAGAAUUUGAAAUGAGAAACUUGAAUGGGUAUCAAAGCUACUUAUGGUAGAAUAAUGCAAUAUAUUUAACUUUAACUUGCGGGCAGCCAGCCAGGCUGGCUGGUAAGUUUACGUCAUCGUGCUGGUACUUGAUCCUCAACACUUCAGUCCUGAUAACAACAUGGAGUAGCAAAAAUGUUAUGGUUCAAAACCUCAGAUUGGUUUUGUGCCAAAGACCAUAAAAAAAGGAGAAUCACGGUGCGCAAAAUAGUAUUUCUGUGUUUCCUCAGUGGCCAUACAUGGGUGAAAAAAGGUAGCUAUUUUUGGCCAGUCUUACCAUAACCUGCCUGCAGAGGGCAGCCUCGUUCGCCAAGGGGGCAAGGCCCCUUCCCAAGGCUGGGUGUAAGGCUUGAUUUGACUUUUCCACACUGAACAGUGAAACAGGCACUCCCCUUUUUAAUGUCUGGGUUAACCAAGUCAACAGUCAAUUUUAACUGUUUGAUAAAAGUGUCUGUCAAACAGGAAAAAAUGAUCUUGGAAACGAGUGUUUCGGUCAAAUGCUGACCGAGCUUUGAAAUUAAAUUAAACCAUAUGUGUGAUUAUGUUUUAACCCCUAAGACGUUAAGUAAGAGGUUGUUGCCAUCUUGGUGAUUGGUGAAUGAUAUUCUGGGUGAGAUCUGUCUUUUUCACUUUUCACUAAAGGGCUGGAUUGUGAAUUAAUGCAUGUGAGUGUGUAUGCAUGCCGUAUCAGGGUCAUGUGUCGCCUUGUGAGGAUGUAAAGCGGCUCAGGGUGAGAAAUGCCCCAACAGGAAGGGGCCCUGUCUGUCAGGGGAAGCUUUGCAUCACAACUACAUGCUGUAUAAUUUAAAAACAGGCCAUCUCUCUACUCCUAAUGCAUUCAUAUUAUGUUUCAGCUUUUACAAGAGAGAAUGUUGACAAUUCCAGCCGGAAUCCUAAGGUUUCUAUUUAAUAAAAUAGACAAAUGUUUUGAUACUACCAGAGGGAAAUUGUGUAAUUCUAUUGUACUGCAGUUUUGGUACUUCCCUGUGCUCUUGCUUGUCAUUUCGCCUGUAAUCCUGAAGGCGGCCACCAGAGGGCGCAUGAGACAUUCAGACGGGUAUGAGACCGCCAGGGCGGCUUUCGCUUCCUCAUGUGAUUCGACUCAUGAAUGCAAGAAGUGAGAUUUUACGUUAAAACUGUCAAAAUAAAAUAAAGAAGGGGGUC